AUGGAUCCAUGGAAGAUUACUAGAAGAAUAGGCAAAACCACUCAAGCUUCAAGAAACCUUCAAGCAAUGAGACCUGAAAUUGAUAAUGGUUUAUACACUGCCGCCAUUCGCACUCUGAACUCAAGUGGCGUUGCUCCUUAUAAAGAAGCCACUUUGCUGGAGUUGCAAGCUAAGCAUCCAUACGAGCCACCCCCUCUGAUUCUGUCUACACCAGUUGCCCAUGCACCCCUCGUCGCAUCUAAAUAUUUGGUCUUAAAUAAGCUGAAAAGUUUUCCUAGAGGGACCUCGUGUGGAAGAGAUGGUCUUCGGGCCCAACACCUUAUUGAUGCUUUGGGAGGGGCCGCUGCGGCUGUGUCGGAUGAGAUUGUUACUUCCAUUACGGAGCUUGUGAACAUUUGGCUCGCAAGGGGUUGUCCACAAGUACUGGGUGAGUUUAUAGCUUCCGCACCCCUCACGCCUCUUGUUAAACCUGGUGGGGGCAUCCGUCCGAUUUUCGUAGGCACUAUUUGGAGAUGUCUGGUUUCCAAGGUUGUUGCUUCUCAUGUAGGUAAAGCAAUGGAUAGUUAUCUUGGUGACUACCAGUUUGGUGUGGGGGUGUCCUGUGGUGGUGAAUCCAUUUUUCAUGCAGUUAACCGGCUCUUGGAGGUCAAGGGUGACUCUACUUCCAUGUCUAUGCUUCUGGUGGACUUCUCUAAUGCUUUCAACCUGGUGAGCAGGUCUGCUAUGAUUAGAGAGGUUAAACGGCAUUGUCCUUCGAUCUCGAGGUGGGUGGAGUUUUUUUAUGAGUCUCCCGCUAGGCUAUAUUAUAUGGAUAAAACUCUCUUUUCUGCUCAGGGAGUUCAACAUGGGGAUCCUCUUGGUCUCAUGUUAUUUGCUUUGACUUUACAACCUCUCAUACAUAUGAUCACUGAGAGGUGCACCUUGGAUCUCCAGGAUUGGUAUUUAGAUGAUGGAACCAUAGUCGGAGAUACUUUGAUGGUGGCCAAGGACUUGGACAUUAUCCGGCAGGAAGGUGUUCACUUGGGGUUGCAUCUCAAUGUCUCUAAGUCGGAGCACUUCUGGCCUUCGGUUGAUAGUAGAGGGUUAGAUGAUGGUGUUUUUCCACCUGACAUACAUCGUCCCCCUGAUGGUGUUAAAUUGUUAGGUGGACCAGUUAGCCGGGACCCCCAGUUUUGCAGAAACAUGGUUGCCAAGAGGGUACAGAAGACCAUUUCCUUGAUUGAUGAUGUGCAGAAGUUGAAGGACCCGCAAGGAGAGUUGCUCUUUCUAAGGAACUGUUAUGGUGUCUCUAGGUUAUAUUUCGCCAUGCGUACUACUAAACCUAAGUUUUUGGAUGAGGCGCAUGUGGUUUUUGAUGACCAUCUUAGACAGUUUCUUAGGCACUUGGUUACGGGAGAUAGGCCGGGUUUUGGUUUGUUGCAGCAGAGAUUAGCUACGCUUCCUAUCAAAGAUGGUGGUUUGGUGGUGUACACUAUGGAGGACACUAAGCAAUAUUGUUAUUUAUCCUCUUGUUUUCAGACGAGAUCUCAGCAGGGCACCAUCUUGAGGCACUCUGGGGUGUCGGGCCUAAGUCCCAGUUUUGAGCACGCUUUGACAAUUUUCAAACAGGUAUGUGGUAUUGGUGAUUCUUUUUUAUGCAUUGAUGAUAUUGCCCCCCACUCUAUGAGUUCUUUGGCAGUCAAGUAUUUUGAUGCGGUGAAGAAAAACAUACCCUUUCAGUUUAACAUGUCGAAACGGGAUGCAGCUCUCUGGCUUGGGAUUCCUCUCAUUGAGAAUGGAGACUUGUCUUCUGUUUGUGGUGUUGGGAUGGAUAUCUUUGGGGAUCACGCCUGGCACUGCAAGAAAGGGGUUGGGAUUAAAUACAUGCAUGACGUACUCCGUGACACCUUCGCAGACAUUUGUUAUCGUGCGAGUAUCUCUGCCAGAAAGGAGGUGGAUUUGGGGCUCCUUUCGGAUGAUGGUUUGGCUCUAUGCCAUGCGAAUAUAUUUGUGUAUGAUAGGGAUAACGGCUACGAUAUGUGCUUGGAUGUCACGGUGGUUUCCCCCUUCACUGGCAACUGGGAGUGUAACUUUGUCCUUGGUCGGGCUAUGGACAAUAUAGAAGCGAAAAAGAGGACCAAAUAUUUGGAGAAAUGUACGAGUCAGAAGUUGGGGUUUGGUGUUCUUGCCUUCACGACUUUAGGUGGGCUAGGGAGUGAUACUGAGGAGUUCCUGAAAAGGUUGCGAAACUAUAUGGCUAGUUAUGAUGAGAACGUUUCUAUUGGAGAUUUUCUUUUUCAUACGAUGGGUGUGGUUCUCAAUAAAGGGAUUGGAGCCCAGCUUGUUGCCAGACUUCCAUCCUAUGAUUGUAAACUCCUUGUUGUUGAUUUUUUUUUAAUAAUUUCACCACUUCAUUAA